UUAGCAUUUGCACUCACAUAUAUGAGACACACUUAAUCGAACUGUGCACGGAUAAUGCAUACUAGCGAUUACAUUUUGGACUGCGUGAUGCUUUAAGUGUAAAGAGAACUCAUUUCCAAGUAUCUGUCCGCACCUAUCCAAAGAAAAUAUAUACGGAUGAUGUAUCUCACGUUGCAUUGUAGAUGAUGAAUGUGACUUGUUACCAGUUUAAAAUCUGAAUGCUAAUAGAGCUGGUUCUCCUACUUUAUCUCUUCUUCGGAAAAAUAUAUGUGGCCUAUACUUAAAUUUUAAAAAAGAGGCAAUUUUAUCAUUCAAUAAUUGUUAGUAAUAAAUUGCAUUUGAAGAAAAUAUGAAUCUGAGGAUGUACAUUUCAACUUAAUGAACACAUUUUUUUUACAAGGCAGCUCAUAUCCUUCCAUUAAUUAAUCUAUUACCGUUUGUUUAUAAAGAGUUACCUGUAAUUAUUUUUAUAUAGUUGAAGCUUCCUGGUUAAAACUUUUUUGUACAUAAAUUUACGUGGCUUCUAGUAAUAGGUUCGCAUAAAAUUGUCCCAUUAGGAUUUAUAUUUAUGUGAUAGUUGGGCUAUUACCCAUGUGCUCGAUUUCAGAAGAGAAGAAUCUUCGCACACCCAAAACAAAAAAAAAUUAUUCGAAGUGAAAGCAAGAUGAAACAUUUAUGCGGCGUUCGACCUUCAUAUCCGACAAUUAUAUCAGAGACGUUGCAUUGUUAAUAAAUAAAAGAACACAAAUCGCAUCACAGGAACAUGAACAAUAAAGAACAGUAUUUUCAACAGCAUAAUCUAACUGAGGAUUUAUACAGAAACGUAGCCACCAGGACAUGCCAUACUUUGCUGGCUUUGAAAGGAAUUCUUUUGGUUGCAGCGAUCGUGCUAAUAUCGUCUACAAAAGAGAUUUCAAUAGCCAAACCAUGUGACCUAGAAAAAGUGCUUGUUUCUUUUGGUGUGGACCAAACCUCACCCUGUAAAUACGACGACAUAAAGAAAAAGUCAACAAAUCUCUGCACUUUAGGCAUAUUAUUCUUAGUUCUAAAUGGAAUUAUUUUCCUUCUGAUAUUGAAUUUCUUGUGGAUUCCUAAAAACAAGAAAUUCGGUAUAUGCAUCGCACUUGUAGUUGUGUAUGCAAUUGUGGCAGCUGUAUAUUCAGGCCUAGCGAUAAAGUUCUACAAAGAAGUACUUGACUCCAAAGAAAGACAAACGGACACGAACUAUUCCCAUAUAAAAACAACAAUGAUGACUCUACUCAUGAAAAAUUAUACAUCGGAUAAUGUUACCAGUGGCGAUGCAAUAUCUGAUAGUUGGAACAAGUUCUUCAUCGAGUAUGAUUGUUGUGCUAUAAACCAAGUCACAGGAACGACCAACGACUUUGACAGCACUCCAUGGUGUACAACAUCAGGUUCCUGUCAGGCAACGGCUUCCCAGAUCCCAAAGACCUGCUGCAAUGGUGUCUCAGAGGACGAUUAUGAAAGCGCACCGACCACCUGUCAUUCCUCUGUUAAUCCUGGGACAUUCAGAUCUAACUGUAUGAUCCCUAUCAAGAAACUAAGCACUAUUAACAUUGGAGAGUGUCAGAUAAGCCUAGUACUGACCACCUUACUGACUAUUGGGACUUUGGGGAUAGCUGAAUUUCUUCUUGAAGGGAUUUUGAUAUCAUAUUUUUGCUGUUUGAUUCGAAACAAAAUAUGGCCACCAAAAAAGGAGGAGACUGAAAUGAAUGAAAAAAGGAACUGACCUUUUAACUUGUGUUUGAUUUGAUGAAACAUAAUGUAAUUUUUAUUUUUAAAAAUUUACCUCUAAGUUAUAUAUUUUGAAUACCCUAGAUAUUUCUACACGUUGAACGCUGUUUUUAACGUUUAUUUAUUAAGCCUAUUAGAACUAUUUUACAGUCUUUGUUUGUUUAAUUUUGAAGAGUUACGGGAAUUCUGGUCGCAUAUUUAGGAAAAAAGUAAUAUAGUCUUUUUGAUUGACAUCUGCCGAGUAUGAUUCCCUCUAUUUCUUACGAAAACUUAUUGUAAUUCCUGAAUUGCAACCUCAGAAAAUUCACGAACUGCGCGAAAUAGUUAUAAUAAUGCCACACUCAAAUUCCAAAAGGAGACGAUCUGGCUUUUUCUUUUAUUCAACAUACUGAUGUACAUUAACAGUAAUUUAGUUUAUUUUACUUACUUUUGUUUUACUUAGCUUAUCAUUUAGUAAAAGGAAAGAUGUAGAUAUACGCAAUAGAAUGCUUUUUUGGAUGAAUCAUGCAGGUUACGAAGGUAGCGAUCAUUGCAAGGAAAAUUUACAUAACCCGCUAACGCGGCAAUGAAUUGGAAACUAUUACAGAAACGCUAGUAUGUAGACAUUUCGUUUUUAAUUGUUAUCGUAGUCAGGAAGGCAUUGUACAUCAUAUUGGAUUUAAACAAGUUCUGUAAAAAAUUCUUAAGGGAGAAUGUUUGAAUACGAUUUUGUUUUAAGAGAUAUUUUCCUUAAAAAAUAAGAGUAACAGAUUGCCCAAAUCUUUUUUUUUUUUUUUUUUAUAAUUUUUGCUAUAAUGGGUCUGCUGAAAAAUAUUUUCACUCCUAUGUGUUGAUGUUUAACUCCAUUCAAAGAACGUUUUAAAAAAGGUGUAUGUAGUGGGUAUAUCUAUCUCAUAUAUAAAAAUAUUUUUUCGAAUAUAAUAAACCUUCGAUUUUUACAUGACAAAAGCGCAUCCUGAGUAAAACACUUACUCCAUUGAGUAAUAAAGAUACAGUAUACAUCUAUAUUUUGAAUAAAAUGCAUAUAAGUACAAUUAACACUAUCGCAGUUUUAUUAUUUUUUUAAAAUAAAGUUUGUGUUAUUUGAAGACAUGUCAGGAUGAUGGCACUUUCAGUUUUUUACAAUGUAAUUUGAAUCAUUGCAACGGAUCUAGAGUAUAUGAGACAAUUUCUGGGGAAUCACAUACGGACUGUAAUACUUUGUAAAUAACAUUGACAGUCUUAUUUUUAUGAUGGAAUACUUAUUUUUUAUUGAAAACCAGUGUUUUCAGAUCGUUGAGGUUUUGUAUAAUCCUCUAUUUUUCGUGAAAUCAAAACCUAUAUAUACCAAUGAAACACAGUGUACAUUGUAUGGAAUUGUUGUUAUUUAUCAUUCUUGUAAAAAUAAAAUCAGUUGUUUUUUUUGGCGAUAAAUGCUUUGACGGACUGUAACCGUUUAAACACUAAGUGCUUAAUGUUUAUUUGAAAAGUAAUGUAAUCUUCGGAAAAUAUCAAAAACAGGGUUUUAAUUAUUAUAUUGGAGAUGGGCUAAUAAUUAUUCAUGGCUGUACCUGGAAUUGUGUAUUUACAUAUUUGUAUUACGUAAAAUAUUUUCAUGUUCAUUUAUUGAAAGUCUUAUCAUACAACCAUUUGCAUAAAGAUAUGUUUAUUUUUAA